AUGCGACCCCAAUCUGAGAAGACUAAAGGUAAACGUCCGAGGGUAGUGGUAUGCGGGGCACUUCAGACGCCAGUAUCUUCCCGCCCACAGACUCAGCCAGACCGCAUGUCUUUGGCCAGCACUCAGCCUCUUAUGCCAUUGCUCUCCUCUCCAUCUUUUAUUAGCCCACCCAGUUAUUCAUUUCAGCAUACUGGGGGACCUAGCUAUCCAUUCCAGCAGACUGGGGGACCUAGCUUUCCAUUCCAGCAGACUGGGAGACCUAGCUUUCCAUUCCAGCAGACUGGGGGAGCUAGCUUUCCAUUCCAGCAGACUGGGGGACCUAGUUAUUCGUACCAGCAGAGUGCUGGACCUAGCUUUCCACCACAGGUCCCCCCAGGUUUCCAGCAGACAGGGGGGUCUCGCACCACACAUCCGACACAGGUGCCCUCAUCCUUCCAGCAGACAGGGGGAUCUCGCACCACACAUCCGACACAGGUGCCCUCAUCCUUCCAGCAGACAGGGGGAUCUCGCACCACACAUCCGACACAGGUGCCCUCAUCCUUCCAGCAGACAGGGGGAUCACGUACCUCACCUAUACCUCCAGGCGGGGAUGAUCAUGUGGAGGUAGAUCAGGAUGAUAUUGAGCAGGAUGAGGAUGAUGUUUUGUUGGAUGGCGAUAAUCUUCAGGGGGACGAUAAUCCGGAUGAGAUUCAAAUCGUCGAUGGCAGAUAUUAUAUUACGCCUGUUGGACAUAAUUUUACUCCGAGUCGGACAGCUGCAAAGUGUGUGAGCUAUGUGAUUCAGCAAAUGUAUAAAGAUGCUUGGACGAGAUUUGAAGAAGUUCCAAAUAAGGAUGAUUGGUUUCAAAAAUUUAAGGAAAAGUGCACAUGGGAUGUUUUGAGCGAGAAGGCUGUUAAGAAAGUCUUUUUUACUAGGGCAUCAAAAAGACUUUCUGACACCUUACGACGUGUUAGAAAGCGUUGGGAACGUGAUAGUAGUUAUCCCGCUUGGGUGGGCAAAGACACUCUUGAUAAACUUCUGGUCUAUUGGGAUUCACCUCAAUUUAAAGCUAAAUCUGAAAGUGGCAAAAAAAUGAGGGCAUCUGAAAAAGGUGGGCACGUUAAUGCUGGUGGAAGUAUAAGCACCUACGAACAUAUGCGACGCAUGGAAAAGAGGUUGGGGAGAAAACCACUCAUGGUUGAGUUAGUUAAGGAGACUCGGACGAAAAAGUCGGGAGAGUAUGUUGAUGAGCGUACACGGCUAGCUUUGGAGGAUUAUCAAGAAAGGCUUGUACAGUUUUUGGUCACUAAUCCGCAAUUUACUCCUAGCGAAGGACAACCGCUUCAUCCAGAUGUUGAUUUUUAUAUUUGGAAUGAAGUCAUUGGCGGAAAAGGUCGUAAUGGAUGUUUUUUUGGUGGUGGAAGUAUGGCGGGAUGCUUGAGAAGUGGUGAUAGAAAUUUAUUUGAAAGAGUAAGAGAUGGGGAAGGAACGUCACGCCCAGCACAAUUGUCCCCACAAAUGAUGGAAACAAUAAGACAAUUGGCGAUAAGUGAGGCGAGACGCGAGUCAGAGCAACGUGAGAUGGCGUUAAAAGCCCAAUUAGAGGAGCAACAACGGCAAAUAGAGGCAAUGACGAAGAGGCAAGCGGAGAUGGAGGGGCAACAAAGCCUAAUAGAGAGAAUGGCCAAGAGGCAAGCGGAGAUGGAGGAGCAAAUGCGGCUAUUUAUGCAAUUCCAGGGAAACGGUAAUCAAAUGUUUGGUGGAAACGUUGGAGUUGGUGGUGCCUCGACAAAUCAGCAAGAUAAUGAUGAAGAUUUAAACCUUGAUGAUUUUCCCGAUCCCGGAGAUACUUAA